AUGAAAAAUGCUGACCGAAAUGAGAGUGAUAUCAUCUUCAUCCUUUUAGGGUUCUCGGAUUACCCAGAUCUCCAGAUUCCUCUGUUCCUGGUAUUCCUUGUGAUCUAUAUUAUUACUGUAGUAGGAAACUUGGGCAUGAUUAUGAUCAUCAGAAUUAAUCCCAAACUGCACACUCCCAUGUACUUCUUCCUUAGUCAUUUGUCUUUUUUAGAUUUUUGUUACUCUACUAUCAUUACACCCAAAUUAUUACAAAUCUUGAUUGUGGAAGACAGAAGCAUUUCUUUUGUUCCUUGUAUUACACAAUAUUCUUUUGCUGUCAUGUGUGUGGUCACAGAGGUAUUCUUAUUAGCAGUGAUGGCCUAUGACCGCUUUGUGGCAAUUUGCAAUCCCUUGCUAUAUAUAGUUGUCAUGUCCCAAAAACGCUGUGUCCUGAUGAUGACAGGAGUUUAUACAUGGGGCAUAUUUUCUACUAGUGUAUUUGUCUACUCUCUCCUUAUAAGGUCAUUUGCUGGGGUCAACAUCAUUAAUAAUUUUCUCUGUGAGUAUUCUGCAAUAAUUUCUGUCUCUGCCUCUGAUAAUUAUGUUAUACUGACAAUCUUUUUUAUCCUUGCCAAUUUCAAUACCUUUUUUACCCUUGCAAUUGUGCUCACGUCCUAUUUUUUUAUUUUUGUUACUAUCCUGAAGAUGAAUUCAGCCAGUGGGAGGUACAAAGCUUUCUCCACUUGUGCAUCCCAUCUGACAGGUGUUACUAUUUUCUUUGGAACCAUCCUCUUCCUCUACUGUGUGCCCAGUUCCAAAGGUUCAUGGCUUCUAGUGAGAGUAAGCACUGUGUUUUAUACAGUGGUGAUCCCCAUGCUGAACCCCAUAAUAUAUAGUUUAAGGAAUAAAGAUGUGAAAGAGACUAUCAAGAAAUUAAUUGAACUGCCAGUUAAGUGGUGCAGUGGAUAG